AUGCGCUUCAGUACCUUCCUGCUCGUGGUGGCUUUCACCCUCGCAGCAUGCUGCCAGGGGUUCACCAACGCUGAUGACGCCUCCCGUAAGAACCUCGUGGUCGACGGGCAUGCCCCAGCUCUCCGGAAGCUCGAAAACACUGCAGCAAUCGAUCCGGCGGGUGAAGCGCGCGAGGUUCCAGGUAUCGCCAAGCUGAAGGCGCUUAUGGCGGAGGUUCCUUUCCUCAACAAAAUCAAGGCGAUGGUAGGCAAGGGCGCCGACAUUAAAGCGGUGAAGGCUGCUGCCGAGAAGAGCCCCGAGGUGAAGAAUAUCAAGGCUGCGACGGGGGGCGCCCCUAUCAAGCUUGACGCGAAAGAUGCCGCCAAGGUCGUGAAGGAGGUCAAGAAGCAGCGCCACCCUUCAAUCUCCGUCACGCUCUCUGUGCUGAAAAUGCUGGCUGUGGUGGGAGCCAUCUCGUUGACUGUAGGCUUUCUCGUCUACAUCAAGGAGAACUGGUUUUAG